CCCUCCCUAUGGGAUUUUUACUUACAGAGCCACCUAGAAGGCCUUUUCCCUUAUUCCCCCGGCUUUUCUCUGACUGUCUCUCUCUCCAUUUCCCUUUUGCCUAAGAAUCAUACUAAGUAUGGGUUCCAAGUCAGAAGAGUGGUAAGGUUAAAUAAAUGUCCAAAAUCACCCAGCUAGGCAAUAUCUUCAGGCAUAUUUGAACCCAGGAUCUCCUAGUCUCCAGACCUGGCUCACUAUCCACCUAACCCCCUAGCCACCCCUUGGAUUUUUGUUUUAAGGCCACAAUUGGCUUCUCUUUGAAGUAUUCCAAAUCAGUGAAUAUUUGUUGAAUGAAUGAAUGAGAAAGGGAAGGCUUGUGGAGGGAUGUUUCUGGGCUUCUUGAGGGCUAGUUCUUAGAGCCUGAAUGUCCCUGGUAGGAGGGAUGGAUGGUUACAGCUUUGCCAGCUUCACCAUUUGGUCUAGGACAGGUCCUAUUUGAAUGUGCAUUAUUUAUGGGGAGGCAGUUGCUGUCUCCUCCCUCCCUCUUUGGGACCAGGAAGGAAGACUGGGGGAAGAGGCCUGUGAGGGGUUAUUGGCGCCUGUGGUUUCAGGACUCUUAUUGCCCUUGAAAAGUGGAGUGGCACUCUCCCUAUCCCAGCUCUGGAGUUGGGGGAUGCUAAAGGAGUCAGGCUGUCUAGAUGGGAGGAGGGGCCCAAGUGUCUGAGCCAUUAAAAAAAAAAAAAGUCCUGGUCAGGGCUCUGCUGGGAAGUGUUACUUAAUACUUUCCUUGUUAUUAUGUACUGAAUUGAUCCAAUGUGACUUGGAGGUAUCACAUUUGCUAAUGAAAAAUUCAUCCAUUUUAUAAAAUGGAUUAGGUCCAGAAAAGAGUUAGGGGCUUUCUAUUGCUUCCAACUGAAAUCUUUGAGAACAAGGUUAUUUCUUCUCAUUUCAGGAAAAACAAAACCCCAAAAAAUUAUAGUAGAAAAUGUAAUCUUCCUUGCUUGCUCCAUUACUGAAAGUGGGGAAGGAAAAGAAGGUGCAAUUAUUGGUUGAAUUAUUUUUUUCUUUUGUGUUGCUUAUAAUUAAACAUCCUGUCUUUUAGUUCCUAUAAUCAUUCUAUAAACUCUCUACAAUUGAUUUGCUUUCAGUAAUAAUGAGUUGAUUUAUGAUGUUGUGCACAUAAUAAUUAAUAUUAUUAUAAGAAGAAAACUCAGAGCACUUAAGUACAGUGUCUUUUUUUAGCCCUAAAGUGUAAUGACUUCUUGGUAUAGCAUAUAGUUGGACUGAGGAAGAAGCCUCAAUUCACAUCAGAUCCUUUUAUUUGACUCUAGCAUUGUGCUAUGGGUGUGGCUUUAUAGUUUACAUUGCUGUUUUCUUAAAUUUCUCUUUUUUAUUUAAAUACCUAUGAUCUUAUUUUCUAUUCAUGAGUAAUAAAAGAAGGGUACUUUGGCAUAAUAAAUAGAGAAACCUAUCAUAGAAUCAGGAAGAACUGGGUUUAAUGCCUGCUUCUAAUAUAUUAGUUGUGUGAUUAUGAACAGGUUGUUAUAUUUUGCAGAUAAGUUGCUGAUCUGCAUCUGCGAAGGGAUCUUCUACACCUGGAUGAUGAAAUCACAGAUCCUCCACCCCUACCCCACCAAAAAAAGAAUAGUUCUAUUUUCUAACUACAUAAAAAAUAUUUCAUGUUGACAUGUUAACAUCACUUGAAGACUAUCUCAGUAGAUAAAUGGAUGGAUGGAUGGAUGGAUAAAUAAAGUCACUUAACCUCACAGAAUCCUAAAGCAGUAGUCUCCAAGCUUUGCUCUACUUUCAGAAAACAUUUCUGAGCAGAAUUCCUCCUAUAUGUUAUUUUUGUCAGCACAACAAUAUUCCAUUGCAUUAAAUCAGUAGUGUCAAAUGCAAGAAUUGGAAGAGACUCCAGGGGCCAUCUAGUAAGUUAAUAUCUUGCCCCUCCUUGAAGACUUUCAGUGAAGAGAAACUAAUAACGAGUAGCAGCCACCCAUUCCACUCUUAGAUAGCUCUGAUUAUUAGGAAGUUUUCCCCAACAUCAGACUUUCUUAGCAACUUCCACCAGUAGAAGCUCUGCCCUCUGUAGCCGGAUAGAACAGGUCUGAUCCCUUUCCCCCAUGAUAGCCAUUCAGUUCAUCGAAGAGAGUUAAUCAUGUCCUUCUUGAAUCUUUUCCAGGCUAAACACUCUUGUUUCCUUCAACUUAUCAGAAGAGCUAUCCUGGCUGACCUCUGCCAGCUCCCCACCUAGCAGUAUUCUUCCUAGACUAAUGUUUAGCAUUCCAGCUGCAAUCUGAUUAAGUGAGGGAACAGAAAGGUUCUAUCACUUCCCAACUGCUGGAAGCUCUGUCUUACCAAGAUCUCAUUUGUUUUGUUUUGUUUUGGUUGCACAUCACAGUGCCAAACAAAUAUUAAGUUUGCAGCUAAGUAGCACCCCCUCCCGGAUCUUUUAGAGACAGACUACUGUCUAAGCAUGCCUCCUUCAUCUUGCGGGGCAUAUCAGGGGUUCAGGGAGGACCAACACCUUCUGCUUGCUGAGGGAGCCCUUUUCAGGGCUGCUCAUCCACCUUCGGUGCCUGCCUGGUGCUCAACUCUCCUGGGGCUCCAAGAAGCUGUACUGUACAUGUGCAGCAUUCAUAAAAACCCUGGCAAAACUGUCUCAGCAGGAGUAAGUUAUCAUAUUUGACUAUAAUGGAAUAUUACUGCACUGUAAGAAAUGAUGAGCCGGAGGAGCUCAGAAAAACCUAGAAAGACUUCUAUGAACUGAAGCAGAGUGAAGUAAGUAGAACCAGAAUAUUGUACACAGUGACAGCAAUACUGUACAGUGAUCCAAAACUAUCCCAAAGGACUUAAAUUUUUUAAAAAAAACCAUCUGCUUCCAGAGAAAAAAACUGAUCUCAUUCCAGACCAAAGCAAACUUUUUUCCACUUUGCCAAUUUUUUGUUUGAAUUUCCUUUCACAAAAGGAUUAAUAUAGAAAAAUGUUUUAUGUGAUAGCACAUGUAAAAUCUAUAGCUGAUUGCUUAUUAUUGGGAAAGGUGAGGAGGGAGGGAGAGUGAGAAUUGGAGACUUAGUUCUUUUAAAAUGUUGAAAACUGUUUUUACAUGUAAUUGGAGAAAAAUUAAUACUAUUUUUUAAAAAACUGUCUCAGCAGGAAGGCUAAGCCAGGUUGAGGGGUUUAGACAGACCUCAAACCUGUGGGUGAGUUAGGAGGUUUUCUACUCCAAACGUGUGAAAACUUCUCCUGGCAGAUGAGCACAGUUUGUUCCAAUGGCUACGAAGGAGGCUGAAGCUGGCGCUGUGGAGCACCUAAGCUUGGUCAGACAGGGAAGAGGCCAUCCAUCCCCAGCUAUCCUCAUUUUUGUCUUGCAAUUGGACUUCGAUGACUGAGACACCAUGGAUACUGCCAGCCAUAGCCUUGUCCUCCUGCAGCAGUUGAAUAUGCAGCGAGAAUUUGGUUUUCUCUGUGAUUGUACAGUUGCCAUUGGAGAUGUUUACUUUAAAGCCCAUCGAGCAGUGCUUGCUGCUUUUUCUAACUAUUUCAAGAUGAUAUUCAUUCACCAAACUAGUGAAUGCAUAAAAAUACAACCAACUGACAUCCAACCUGAUAUAUUCAGCUAUUUGUUACAUAUUAUGUACACUGGGAAAGGGCCAAAGCAGACUGUGGAUCACGGUCGUUUGGAAGAAGGGAUUCGAUUUCUUCAUGCAGAUUACCUUUCUCACAUUGCCACAGAAAUGAACCAAGUAUUUUCUCCAGAGACUGUGCAAUCUUCUAAUUUGUAUGGGAUUCAGAUCUCAACCACACAGAAAACCACCACCAAGGAAGGACUGGAGAUGAAAGAAAACCCUUCCAAUAGCAAUGGGAACAGAAACAUUGCCCAGGGUGACCAUCCACAGUUGCAGCUCUCUCUCGCUAUCGGUCUAGAUGAUGGCACUCCAGACCAGCAGAUAUCCCACACCUCCUCCCAGGCAAUGGAUGAACUCCAGAAACCUCCAGUGUCUAUCAAGCAGGAGAGAUGCGACCCUGAAUCUGUUGUCUCCCAGAGCCACCCCUCACCGUCUUCAGAGGUCACAGGUCCAACUUUUACUGAAAGUGGCAUCAAAAUUCACUUGUGCCAUUACUGCGGGGAACGUUUUGAUUCACGUGGUAACUUAAGAGAACACCUCCACACUCAUGUAUCAGGGUCUCUUCCUUUCGGGGUCCCAGCCUCCAUCCUGGAGAGUAAUGACCUCGGGGAGGUCCAUCCAAUCGGCGAAAGCAGUGAGGCUCUCGAGUGCCACCGUCUCAAUACCUUCCUCGUCAAAGAAAACGAGCAGCAGCCAGACCACCUGAACCGUGGCACCAUGGAGCCCUUGCAGAUCAGUCAGCUGUCUCUGAUCUCCAAAGACACAGAGCCAGUGGAAUUAAACUGUAACUUUUCCUUUUCAAGAAAAAGAAAAAUCGGCUGUACUGUCUGUGGUCAUAAGUUUCUCCGGAAGAGCCAGUUGCUGGAACACAUGUACACACAUAAAGGUAAACAUUAUAAAUAUAACCGGUGUCCAGGUUUUGGGAAUACAGUGGCCCCGAGAUUUCAGCCAUAUUGCGACAGCUGGUCUGAGGGCCCUCUGAAAAGUUCUGGCUUGUCUCAAGACCGUUUAGAUUCAUCAUGUACUUUAGAGUCUGAUCUCACACAAGAAAAUGUGGACACCAUCCUGGUAGAGUAGCUACUUUUCCUCUACGAUAAUACCACUGGUUUUGAAAACAAAACAAAACAAAUUUAUAUAGUAGUUUUUAUUUGCAAUUCCAACUCUCAUGCCCCUUUAGGUAUGACUGGAUCGUUUACCCUGUCAUCCAAGAUUUUAAAAGCCAAGAGAUUGCAUCUCCAGAGUGGUAAGAAUAAUUUGAAACCACCAUCACCAACAGUACAUCAAAAGGACUAAUUAAAAGGCAAACUUUCCAUUAAUUCACUUGAUAAUUCCUUAGAAUAUGGCUAAAAUAGUGAAACAAUUUAGGAGUUUAUUUGUAGAUGGUCACCUAAGUUAUUCCAGAAUGUAGAAUUUUUUUAAUUGCCCUAUGGAAUUUGAAGUGGAUCAGUUCUGUUAUAAAAGGAUAUUCCAGAGCAUCACUCUUGGUCAAUAUCUCAUAUAAACCACAAUCUACCCUACAAAUAAUAUUCCAUAAUGUUUUCAUUAGAUAGAAAAUAAGUAAUUAUUAAAUAAACAUAGUAAGUAUAAAAUAGCAGAAUUGAGUACUGAAAUGUAACCUUCAUUAGUCAUGAGUACGGUUUUUAAAUUAUUUUUUUAAGCCCUUACCUUCCAUCUUGGAAUCAAUACUGGGUAUGGCUCCAAGACAGAAGAGUGAUAAGGGCUAGGCAAUGGGGGUCAAGUGAUUUGCCCAAGGUCACACAGCUGGGAAGUGUCUGAGGCCAGAUUUGAACCUAGGACCUGUCAUCUCUAGGCCUGGCUCUCAAUCCACUGAGCAACCCAGCUGCCCCCUUAAAUUACUUUUUUAAAACUCCCUGUCCUUUAUAAAACAUAGUCUAUAAAGAUUAAAGCAUAAUAAAUGUGAGCCAUUUUCCCUUAGUCUCAGAAUUGUCACCUAUACAACAAAGAUAAUAUUAAUUUUUGUGUUUUCAGUUCUUAUUGUUAUUUAGUUGUUUCGGUCAUGUCUGACUGUGACCCCAUUUGGAGUUUUCUUGACAAAAUACUAGAGCUGUUUCCUCCACGAUAUUCUCCAGCUUAUUUUAUAGACAUUUUAUAGCUUAGGCAAUCAGGGUGAAGUGACUUGCCCAGGGUCACAAAACAAAGCUAGUAAGGGUCUGAGGCCUGAUUUGAACUCCAGAAAAUGAGAUUUCCUGAUUCCAAGCCCAAUGCUUCAUCCACUGUGCUAUUUAGCUGCCAACUAUCCCAACAGUGAGGAACUAAAUAUAGUAUUUCAGGUUCUGUGUCUAAAACCCUCCCAUUCAUAGGUUAAUGUAACUCUCAUUCUAGAUAGUACUCUUCCCAAGACUAAAACAGAACUAUGGAGGAGAUGAUUCAUUUUGCUCCUCUGACUGGUCUCGUAGACUUCAGUUAUUAGAAUGCCAAAGGAUAAAGUUAACUUAUUUCUUCUAUUUUAAAACAUGUUACAACACUCAGAAUUUCAAAACAGAAGAAGGUUGUUCUAAAGCAGAAUUUUUCUUGGUAGUGACUUAUAAUUAAAACUGAAAUAUAAGAAAAUAAUAGACUUAUUUAAGCUUAUUUAUUACAUCAUGUUGUUUCCUGAGUCUACCAUUAUCCUUGCCUGCCUUUCAUUUAAGGAGGAACUUGAGAAACUCUUCCAACUAGUACUGACACAGAUGAUAUUUCAGGGAAAGCAUUUAAGUUGAAGAGAAUAAACUUUUCUUGAAUGCUGAAUAAAAAAAGGCUAGUGAGCCUUCUGACAAAAAGUCCUAUCUGGGCUUAGGGUUGAUACACAGGGAACUGUGGCCAAAUGUCUCCCGCCAGACAUUGGUUGUGGUAGGAUUGCUGCUUGGGGUAUUAAACAAAGUAAUUUCAUAACUUUAAUGUCAUUCUUUCAUUCCAAUUAGGCCAUAAGCCACAACUGGCUGUAUUUCGCCAGAAAAAUGUUCAUAAUUUAUUUUUAAAUAGUUUAUACUCUAAAUUAAAAUGUAAUACUUCCCUUUAAGAAUGAACUUGAACUGUAAUUUUCCCUUAUAUGAAUUCUAUCACUUUUGAAGGUUACUCAACAGGAAGUAGAUAGUUAAAUAGUGGGCGUUAGGUUUUUGUGUUUGUUGGGUAUAGUCAGGGGAAGGAAGAAUGAGGAUAUAUGGGGAGGGCUGUCAGACAUCCUACUCUUGCCUCCGAGAGAUCACAGAUUGAAGAAUACUGAUUGAACAAAGUUUAUUCUGAUUUGUCUGGACAGUUUUAAGAAAAAUAUUGGUUGGCUAAAAUGCAAAAUAAGCAUAUAGUCUAUAUUAUUUCUAUAGCUCCUUUAUUAGGAAGUUAUAAAGUUCAUGUAAAAUGGGCGUUCCUUAAUCCUCAUGCUAUCUCUCUGUUUUAGGAAGUGGAAAAGCACUACUAACUCCAUUUUACAGAAAAAACCCCAAAACCUGAAUCCCAGAGGUCAAGUGGUGGUGGUGUGGGGACUGAACCCAGCCUUCAGUCGUUCAUUUAUUCCUACAUACAUACAUGCAUUCCUUUGUUCAUUCAUUUAGCAAGCUUCUGUUAAAGCACCUUCUGCGUGCCUGCCGUGAUGUUCUAAGUCUGGUAUUGUCCUAAUAGACACAAAGACUGGAAAAGAAAGACUCUAAAAACAAUUAUCUCAGCAAAAUAAUCUGAGAUUUGAUUUUGUCUUCUUCAACAUAGGGGUAUAAUUUCAGCCUCAUUUACAGGGAUGCUGUAGGAAUGAAUUAUUAAUUGAUUGAUUAAUCAAAUCAUUAAUGAGUUUUGAGUUCUUCAGAAUGUGUACUUCUUUGUAAAUGGAGGUGUUUUUAUGGCUUUAAUUUAUUAGUAUAGGAAACUGCUGAGUUCAGAUAGCAACUUAUCUGUGAUUUACUUAGAGCCUUUGACGGCUGCCUGUGGCCAUAGCCAAUAAAUGUCAGGGUCUGGGUUUGAACCGGAGCUUUCUGACAGUCCAUUCUGCCUCUCUGGUAAUAAGCAUGACCACAUUAUUAAACAAAUACAAUCCACAGAUGUCCUAUAGGAGUCAUCUUUAGAAAUCUUCCCUGCCUUUUUCCAGACCUGAAAUCUAGUGGGUUCCUUGUUGCGCAUUUCUUAUCUGCCAGCUUGAGUCAGACUGCUGGGGACCCAGAUUCCAGAACAUGCUAUGCUUUUUUAACAACGUUGCUUGUGAUAGAACAGCGUUCUGUUUUGUUUCUUUAAUCAGGUAGAUUGUGUCUAAUUGUUACUAUGGAUUUUGUCAGUAUUCAGAGAAAGUUAUUUAGUCUGCCUUACAAAGAGACUAAAAACUUGGUGUUUUUAUAAUUGUCCGGAUGUUUAUUUCUUGCUUUGAUCUUCUGUUUUCCUGGCUUUAAGUGGAUCAGAGGGAUACUUACCUCACAGAGGAUUAAUGUCAAAGUGGUCAAGAGUGCUCAGUCUUAAUAUAUUUUAUGAUCUAUAAUAUGUUAUAUAUAUAUAUUAGUCCCACAUGCAAGGGACCCAUGUGUUGUCUAACAUGGAACUUCAGUAUUUCAGGCCAUUCAUGCUAGAAUGCCUUAGACACAGAAAUUCUCUAACCUUUUAACUGCUUCCUUUUACGGGGGUAUCAAGGUGGAGGAGUUAAUUCCUAAGAUCUGAGGCUUAGGAUAGAUACUCCAUGAAUAUUAAAAUUUAAACGCGCAAUCAGUUUUAGUCUGAGAUAUUCGUGUUCCAGCAUCAUUAAAAAUCAGCUAACUUCAGCUCCUGCAAAAACAUUGUUUGCUGAACAGGGAAAGGAAAGCCCUUUGUUUUUUUAGGUAAUACACACAGAAAAGGAAAAAGGGAUAAUGAAACAUAACCAUUCACGUCCUUUUUAAACCACGCUGUUGGAAGCAAGACCUUAAACAAGGUUAAAGGAAAUGUCAUAGUCUUGGGAUGAUACUGUUUCAGUUAAAGCCUUUUUGUUUAGGCAAGUUCUUGAUGCUGAAACUGAAGACCAAGUCUUGUUUUUGAUAGUAAUUUAGAUCAAAAUACAGGCUGUGUGAAAAGUACAAAAAACCCCAUCUAGUUUAGUUGUUGCGUCCUUGUAUGUUUUCAAAUGUAAAUGUAGCUGUAUAGUAUUUUCUUAUGACCAUUGACUUUAAAAUUCUUCCUACCCAAAUCCAUAAAUGAUUAUUCUGUGAUAUAAAUCUCUGUUUGUACAGUUGAACUGUUUUGGAAAACUGUGGUCAAGGUGUCCGCCUUCUUCCCUAACUCUCCUCUCCCAAGAUGAAAUCUUUUAAGUACCAGAAAAGCCAAGCCCAUGAUUUUUCAAGACUUUAAUCCAUUGUGCUUUAACUUAUUAUGUGUCUAAGACACAUCUUGCACACUUAAGCUGACACUGAGAGAGCCACAUUUUUCCUAUUGUUGAUUCAUCUCAGUUAUGUGCCUACGGUUUUGUCAGUUGGAUCAAAUAUCAAUUGUAAGUAUUUAAAAAAUACUUGGAUUAUAAAAUUUAAAUAGUUAAAAAAAAUAAAGCCCCUGUAAGAGCUUUCAAAUGACAGGUAAUGCACAGCAAAUAGAUGAGACCAAGACCAAGAAUAAAUACACUAUUUCAUUGUAUGACAAAGUAUGCAGCUCAAUUUAUAAUGAAUUUAAAAUGUUUAAAAGACUUGUUCCUUUAAAAAUAAAAUGCUGUGUCAUCUUUUGAUUGGACUGAAAGGGAUGUAUUUUAAUGUAUUUUAUCAAGAAAAAAUAAAUUUGUGUGACAAUUUAAA